UAUGGCUGCAUCGGUGAAAUUUCCUUUCGAGGAGGAUCUUGGCUGUGCCAUCUGUUUGGAAUUGUUCACAGAUCCUGUUACAAUUCCCUGUGGGCAUAACUUCUGCAUGAGCUGCAUCAAGAACUACUGGGGUAAAGAGAAAUCCCACACCUGCCCUGAAUGUCGGGUCAGCUUUCUUCACAAGCCUUACCUUCGCAAGAACAUUGCCCUAUGUGAGGUGGUGAAAAAAAUUUCCAAAGCAGAGGAGGUAGCUUCUCAAGGGACCUGUUUUGACCCAGAUGAUGUUGUGUGCGAUUUUUGCGUUAGCCUGAAGAUUAAGGCCACAAAGUCCUGUUUAGAUUGCAAAGCAUCAUUCUGUGAUGCUCACUUUAGGCCUCAUCUUGUAAAUGCUGCACUGCGCCACCACAAGCUGUUGGAUGGCAUCAAAAACACAGAGAACCGAGAAUGCAAGAGACACAAUAGACCACUGGAACUGUUCUGCAGAACAGAUGAGACUUUCGUCUGUUGCAUAUGUAUAGUUCAAGAACACGGAGAGCACAAGGUUGUAACUGUAGAGCAGGAGAGAAUAAGACAGCAGGAAAAGCUGGUAGGUAAAGAGGCAACAUUGAAAAGCCUUCUAAAAAUAACUGAAAUUGAGAUUGGAGACUUCCGAAAGCAAACCGAGUCAAUUAAAAACACUGUAGUCACAGUGCAAACUGACAUUGCUGCCAAGUUCAAGGAAUUGGUCCAAGAUAUUGUAAAAGCAAAUACUACUUUCGCUGAUGUAAUAGAGAAAGAGAAAGAAGUGGUGCUGACUAAGAUUGAAGAAGCCAUUGUCAAAAAGGAACAGAAAUGUGAUAUAUUGAGAAAGAAGAAACUUCAGAUAGCACAACUUUCAUGUAUUAGUGACAAUUUCAAAUUCCUACAGGAGAUUAAAGCUUUAAAUAAUGAACAUGAAAUGGCUUUGUCGCAAGUUAUCUGUGAUAUGGAUAUUAGUUUGGUCAGUUUAAGACAAGUUGUAGUUAAACUCAAGGAACAACUGGAGAGUAAAUGCAAUGAAAUUGUCAAAAAUCUAGGCACCAAAGUGGCAGGACUGACGCAGCAUUGGCCAAAGCCACCAGAAUCAAUGUCCCGGAUGGAACUUCUCAUGCACUUCCGCCAAUUGACGUUUGACUCAAAGACAGCACACAAGUGCCUCUCCCUGACCAAUGGGAACCGUAAGGUAACAAACAUCUGGCCAGAGGAGGUUUAUGCUGUUGAUCACUCAGAGCGGUUUGAUUGUUGCUGGCAAGUAUUAUGUGCAGAAAGUUUGGGUCAAGGUGUCCAUUAUUGGGAAGUUAAAAUCAGUGAAGGUAGCUGUGCAGGUGUGACAUAUAAAAGCAUAAAGAGAAAAGGACAAGACAACUCAUGUUUCAUCGGGAAGAAUGACCAUUCUUGGGGUAUACAGGUGUACAGUACCCAUUGCUCAGCGUGGCAUGACAAUACAGAAGUUAAAACAAAUUCUGAGAAAUAUGAACAAAUUGGUGUGUACCUGAACUAUUCUGAUGGAAAUCUCUCAUUUUAUGGUGUCAAUGACAAAGUUACUUUAAUGUACAGAUUCCAAGCUGCAUUCACUGAGCCAUUGUAUCCAGCUUUUAGACUUAUAAAUAGUCAGUCAUUUUGUUAUAUUUUUGACUGA